AAUAAAUAUUCGGGAGAAUAAAAAUGUUUUUAGGUUUAAAGAGUUGAUUCUGUCGGGUGCACAGGUCCCAAAUGAGAAUAAAAAAAUAUGUCCUAAAAUACGGAGAAGAGAUAAAUAUUACACUUGUCGCGUUUCCAUAAAUUGUAUUUUUCAAACUUCAGUUUAGCGAUGGUGGCUAGCUUCGUAGCUAUGCUAAGCUCGCUAGUAGCUAGCUACGGUUGGGAAAGGUUGGCGGACUACUAUCGUUAACGUUACCCACUCGAAAAGAUACAAUUUAAUAUUUUACAGUACUGUUCCAUUUUUUGGGACCUGGUGGUAUUCUGCAUAUUGAAAGCGAACCUAGUUGGCUAACUAUGUGAAUAACUAAUUUAGCUAGCUAAAGUUAGCUGAGGCAGGGGCUAGCAAAUAGCUAGAUAGCUAAUCAUUCACAGCUAAGUGUCUAGAUUGUGAGAACAACCCAUUUGUUUAUCAAUAACUACUUUAGCGCUCUCCUGAAAUUGAUGAUUGACUUGUUUCAAUUAUGGCCUGAUCAGAGUUCUCUCCUUGCUAGAACCAGCUAACGUUAGCUACAGUAAUGUCUAUUUUUACCUUCGCGUUAGCCAACAAGGAGUCAGGCAUAAGUUUCAGGCGCGCUUUUAGUUUGACUUCCACUUCCAUCCACUACCCAGACUGAUGAUCAGUUUGCUGCAUUCCCUCCGUUGGGAGUACGAGCCCAGGAGGUUCAGCAGACGACCAUGAGUUUGAUCCUUCAGCAGAUAUGCUCGUCCACGACUUUGACGACGAACGCACACUGGAAGAGGAGGAGAUGCUCGAGGGAGAGACCAACUUCAGCAAUGAGAUUGACGACCUUGCACGGGAGGGAGAGAUGCCCAUUCAUGAGUUGUUGAGUAUGUACGGAUACGGCGGUGGUUCGCCUGCAGAUGGAGAGGAAGAAGAAGACGAGGAAGACCUAGAGGAUGAAGAGUUGGAGGAUGAGGAAGAGGAGGAGGAAGAGGAGCUGGACAAUGAUGAAAGCAGCAGAAGCACUGGCGAGCUGAAGAGGAAUAAGACCGAGAGGGUGAAGAUCUCGUCAGGACUGGGGAACGAGAACCAGUCGUCCAGCGAGGGUCGCACGCGCUCCGUCAAAUCCCACUGCACGGCAGAGCUGAUACGUGGAUCACAGAAGCGCAAGUACUUUGAAAGUAAUGAUGCAGAGGAAGAGUCAGAAGACGAAGAUUAUGUCCCUUCUGAUGAUUGGAAAAAGGAAAUCAUGGUUGGUUCCAUGUAUCAGGCUGAAACGCCCUCUGGCCUUUGUAAAUAUAAUGACAAUGAGAAAGCAUAUGAAAAUGAUGACCAGCUUUUAUGGGACCCUGAGUUCCUUCCCGAGUGCAAGGUUGUGGAGUUUUUGACGGAGGCGUCAAAACGAACAGGAGAGGAGAAGGGAGUGGAUGCCAUCCCUGAGGGAUCCCAUGUCAAAGACAAUGAGCAGGCGCUUUAUGAGUUGGUCAAGUGUGAAUUUGACACAGAGGAAGCUUUAAGAAGACUGAAGUUUAAUGUGAAGGCAGCUAGAGAAGAGCUGUCUGUGUGGACAGAAGAAGAAUGUCGAUAUUUUGAGCAAGGACUAAAAGCUUAUGGGAAAGACUUUAAUUCAAUACAAGCCAACAAGGUGAGAACUAGGUCAGUAGGAGAAUGUGUGGCCUUUUAUUACAUGUGGAAGAAGUCUGAGCGUUAUGAUUUCUUUGCACAGCAAACCAGGCUGGGGAAAAGGAAAUACAACCUUCACCCCGGUGUCACGGACUACAUGGACCGGCUGCUAGACGAGACGGAGAGUGCCACUUCCAGCCGGGCGGCCUCGCCCCCUCCCACCACCUCAAACAGUAGCACCAGCCACUCCGAGAGGGAGGACGGCAGCAGCAGCCACAACGGUGUAGUGAGUCAAAACUCGGGCUCGGGAGAAGGUUCCCAAUCGUCCACGGUGGCGAAUGAAGUCAAAGCAGAACCCACCCAGUCCAACGGGCCCACUGUCAACCACCCCUGUCUGGACGCUUUCCCUGUUCCCACCGCCUCGGACAAUGACUCCAACGGCUGCGAGGUAGCGGCCGCCGUGCCCAGCCACAACAGGAACGGCUCCCUGGAGCCACACUGUGGUGACGGUCACUACGAUGAAGAAGACGCGCUCCUCUAUGACAGGCCGGCCAAGAGGUGCCGGAUGGAGGCGGAGCCACCGGAACAGAGCGAGCCGGAACCCUCCAGAACAUCGACGACCCUCCAGCAGGAGGACUGAUGAUAGAUGACGACCCCUUCUCAGAGGGCAAAGGGCAAAGAACCAAACCUUAAAAAACCAUGGUCGUAUUAAUUAGUGCACACUGAAGCAAAACAUUUAGCAACGGAAAACGAAAACUAGCGUUUGUUAUUGGACAAGUCCAAUCCCUGUUUCCUUCCGUCUGUUUUCGUCCGUUUUGUGCCUAAUGAAUACGACCCAUACCAACCAACCAAACCCGGCUGGGCCACACCAGCAAACGGAGGGAGGGCAGCGGCCUGAUUGUAAAGGGGCACAGCAUACAGCCCUGCCUCGCUCCACACAUCCAAAGUACCACAGUUCCUGAACCUCUCCCUUCCCCCUACCUACUAUUACUACUACCACAUAAUACUUCAUACUGAUUCUUCUACUUAUUCUCCUCAUUCCCUUUUUUGGAGAGACCGAUCUCGAGAAUUUGUACGCUAAAUGCUUUUUUCCGAUUUGUAUUAGAAUAAAAAUCAGUUGUGAUAUUUUUUUACGUGAAAGAUAUUUAUAUUUUUUACAAAUAAAUGUGUUAUGAUUGAUGGGUAUUUGCUGUCCUAGCCAUUUGAAACCAGGAAAUCGAAGGGGUGGUGUUGUAUGUAGAGGGUUCUAGGUCUUCGACAGGGCAAUAGAUAGAUAAGCAGGCAGAUUGGCGCUGUUGCCGUCACACUAAGUUGCACUUUCAUCCUUUUUCUUUCUUUGUUGAUAGUGGUUAAAGCAACACUGCUGAAUGACAUCAUUGCUUAUUUGAAACAUGAUCCCCCAUAUGCCGUAACCAUGGAAAUGUUGUUUAAUUGCAAGAAAUGAACCAAUGGGAGUGUCUGUCCCCCGAGGUUUGUUUGUGUAAAGCGUCUGACAUCAGUGAUGUCCUGUAGAACGCUGUAUAUAUAAAAAAUUGUCAGGCUUUCCUAUUGUUUUGUUUGUCUGUUGUUUUUAGACAGUAAGUACUUCAGUGAUUUUACGUGUGAAGUUUGAAUAGAUUUUCUUAUGUUGUACAGUUGUUACACUUUUUGAUAAUCAUGUCUUUUAAUCUGUCUGUAUUUUAUGGUCUUUCUCGUAAGCUUUCUUGUAAGACUUCUCUCCUUGUUGCUCCGAGCAGAGCUGUUCUAAGUAGUCAUUCCUAUUUCUCAGCAUUUCCCAGUCCCAUUUUUUCACCUAGUGCAUUUGGAAAUGUAUUUGCAGCAAAAAUAUGUUUGAUAAUGACUCCAUGUAAAAGAGAGAGAUGCGGUGCAGUGACACCUUUUGAAAUUGGAGACUGGGUACCAGUAACGUUUAUUUUCUCACUUGCCAUUACCUGCAAAGUUUCAUGAUGGCCUCUAAGCAAGCUCUUAUUAUUACGAAUUGUAAUUAAAGACCUUGACUGUAAGCUUCAAUGUGAAGAACCUCCAUUUAGUUCCAGUGGAUGCUUCUUAAUAACAAGACAUUGUUUUGAGAACUUGAUUUUGUUAGUCUUUUUGAUGUUCUCAACAUUUUACUUUGUAGGCUACCCCUGCUUUGGUCUACAUUCACAAAGGGUUUAAAAAAAGCAGUUUUUUGUUUAAAGUGUUAGCCUCAAAUUGUUGAUUCAAGUAUUUUCGUUUUUUUUCUUUAACAAAUGUGCUGUAAGUUUUCCUCAAUGACAACAUGAAUUAAAGUGAAGUGUAUACCAAGACUGGCUGUGAAUGGAAUAACGGUGGCUAUAUUUAAUAAAUGUAUUCAGACUGGUGA